AUGCUCUCCCUCCCCCCCUUCGAGGGCUUCCUCCCUCAAUGGCUCGUCCUGGUCUCCGUCGUCUCCGCCGCCAACAGCCUACAAGCCUACCGCUCCGAAGCCUACGCGGCCGAGCUCUACAACGGCCGCACCCCGGAGGGCUACGUCUACACCAACCCGCUCUCGUCGCGCACCUUCGGCACCUGGACCUUCCUCUCGGCCGUCAUCCGCUUCUACGCCGCCUACAACAUCAACAACCCGGCCGUGUACGACCUGGCUCUGUGGACCUUCGGCAUCGCCCUGGUGCACUUCGUCGGCGAGCUGGUCAAGGGCAGUGCCCGGCUGCGGGGCCGGUUCGUCAGCCCGCUGCUCGUCGCCUCGUCCACGUUGACGUGGAUGUUCUGGGAGCGGGCGUGGUAUUUGGGUGCUUAG